CUGUUGCAGAGGAGGGGAGAGGAGGAACCGGGUGCCUCUAAGUGGGGAGGAGGCCACCGCCUGGAGCCCCUUCUGCCUCAAGAUGCUCUCAGAGUCUCCCUGAGCGAGCUACCCCUCCACUUGCAGACACCCAGGUGGGCUUGUCCAGUGCUGCAGCAGCCAGCAGCAUUUCUGGAGGGUGCCUUCUAGUGGCACAAAGGUGGAGAGGAGUGCUUUGAGGAAGCCUGCCUUUCUGCUGCCUCUCCUGGAACAGCCAGCAAUCGCUCACUCUCAAGCUCUCAGUCUCUAGAACAUCCCGCCCCACGGAAGCCCCUUCCUGAGCCAGAGAGCCAUGCAAAAGACUUUCCGGAGGCUGUGAGUCAGGCAAGCAGGGUCUCAAAGGCAGCAUGCUUCACGUCGUUCUCCCCAUCUUGGAACUGAUGGGGCUCUAGAAAUUAAGGCAAGUGCUGGUCGUGGUGAUGCCGGAGAUUAAAACGGACCUCUGACAGGGUGGGGGCUUCUGUGGCCAUCAUUGGGACCUACCUUUGAAGGACUGGCUUUCUAGGGAGAUGGGAAGAGCCCAUCUCAUGAAUGGGUCAAAGGCCACCUUCGGAACUUCAUUCUCUGUGCUGCUGCCUCAGAAGCUCACCAGGCCAGAGGGGGAAGGAAGAGAAGAGGAGCUGCUUUUCUAGGAUUCUCAACUCGAAAGCUGCCAAACUGGCCUAUGGAAAGGAGUUCCCUGAGACUGUGUGGGAAUGAGAAAGAAGACCAAAUGCCAUUCUGCUGCCAAAGCAAGCUCUAGAUUUCUGUUCUUCAUGUGCUUGAUAUAUCAGAUGCAUUUUUACUGGGUGAAUUUGGCUCAAAGAGGCAUCCACAACUGAGGAAGAAAAAUACUUGAUUUUUAAAAAACUUAGAAAUUUACCAGCCUUAUUCCAUUCUCCCCUCCCCAUCCCCCAUGCUCCUUUUCCCCAUUUUUCUUUUUGUAACUAGAUUUUCAAGAGUGCUUAGUAGUUUCUGGCUCCCGGGCAGCUCUGGUUUCAUUUUAGGGGGAAGUAAAUUUCUCGGUCUGUCUCCCCCCCCCCCCCGCAAGCCCAUCCGCCUUUUUGGGUGCCUUGGAGCGAUGGAUUACCUUGGAGACAAGCUGACGGUGGCGCAGAACCACAUGACCCACUGGGUGGGCUCCGUGCGAAGGUCCUUGCAAGAGGCGCUGAAUUUAGUCACAACUGCAGUUGCCCAUGAACGAACAAGUGGGGUGGGAGCAAGCAGAGCCCCUUUCAAGCGCACCUCCUCCUUCAGGCACUUUGCAUCCCGGAGCAGAGAGUCCUUCCGCAGGUUUUCCAUGCGCAGUCAGCAAAGGCUUUCCUCUCUGAGGAAGAGGCAAGCCAGCUCGGAGCAGCCUGACCUUGAUCAGCUGAAGCAGUGCUUUGGCAGGCCAGCUGCAGAAGCCAAGGACACCGACACGCUUGUGCAAGAGACGGACAGUCAGUAUGGCACCUGGAGCGACCAGCGGCACAGUGUGGACAGCUUUGUGCCAGAGUCCCCUUCCUCAGAAAGCAACAUGGCUUCAGCCCGGAAACAGCCCCCCAGCAGCCGGUUCUCGUCCUUCUCCUCUCAAACAGAUCCUGCCUCUGCAACCGACCAGCACGAUUCCUCCAGGGACCACAGGAGCACCAGUCUGGACCGCUUCAACACAGAUGUAGAAUCUGCAGACGGGGCUAAGGCCCCUGCGUUAGCAGGGGACGGCCCAGACUUCUCCUUCCUGGAGCAAACUCCUGUGCUGGACUCCAGUGUCUUGAAAACCCGCGUGCAGCUCAGCAAAAGGAGGCGCCAGCACCGAGCCCCAAUUUCCCACUCACUCAGAAGAAGCACCGGGGGAGACACUGAGCAGCGGCUCUCUGUGACAGAAGAGGCAGACAGCACGUGGUUGUUCAAGGGCUCCACAGCAGAAAACUCAGCCAAGAAAGAAGACUCUGGUGAGGACGGAAACCCACAGCCAACAGAGAGGUCGCCCAUCUCUCAGCUGCAGAGGCUCCCUGUCUUUCCAGGGAUGGACCACUCAGCCCUCAAGGCUCAACUCAGGAAAAGACAUGAACCAGAUGGAACAGGAGAAGUGCAGUUGUCCAAGUCACCAAAAUUCCCGUUUCAGGCUGGAGUUCCUGCUGGCAGAGUUCUGCCUGUUGGCACGGAGAAAGAAGAGAGGUCGGAGGAGCUGUCUCCACAUUGGCUGAAGGAGCUGAAGUCCAAGAAGAGGCAGAGCCAAUACGAGAACCAAGUGUGACGACCGAGGUCUGGAGGUGGCGGCAGUGGCGGUGAUGGGGUGGAAGUCUGGAUGACUUGGAAGACAGAAGAAGCCUUAACUUGCUCACGCCCCUCUCCCCUACUACUGCUGCUUCCUGCCCUGACUGCUGUGUGCCUUUCCAUCUGGUGUGAAGAAUUUCUCCAUAGUCCAUGGUGGGCCUGAUGCAGAAGGCUGUCCAACUCCUCAGGAUCCAUUCCGCCCCUCCGCAGCUGUGGCUGUUAUGGUCUCCUAGUUGUGCUGCAGAGCUGACCCCCCACUCCAGCUGCCGGCGGGGCGGUGCUGUGCCUGACACACUGGCCUUCUGGCUGGGGAAUUGGGCACACCAACCUGCUCUUUGUUGGCUUAUGAACAAAGAGAGGAUGUUGUAGCGGAUGAACUUAUAGGCUGGUCUCUUGCAAAAAGACUUGUUGCUGUCUGAGGAUGGGAAAUGGAAAGAGGAAGAAACAGAUUAUGUUUACUGCCAUAUUGAAAGAGGAAACUUGACUGAUUAUUUUUUAAGAAAAUUUUGAUUGACUGGUACUAACUUUGUGGAUCAUCUGUUCCGCCAAGACAAUGUGAUAUAUACUCUUUCUUUCUUUUUUAGGAUCAAAGGAGAUUUUAUUGUUUAAGUGAGAUUGUAUGUGCAUGUGUUUUGUCAGCACACAGAGUAAUGAGCAUCCCAUUUCUAGAGGGAUAAAGCAAUAACAUCAGACAGUCCUGAUUAAAAUAGUUGUAAAUAAUCUGAGGGGUGGUUCCCCACCCUUCACUAUUUACUGAAAAAAGAAGGGAAGUCUCACCUUGCCAGUAUCAGGGCUGCGUAGGAACCAUGCUGGGUUCUCUUGCUGGAAGUUUAAGUUUUUUCUUUCUGUAAAUAAAGGGGUAAAUAAAUAGUU